CCAGGACUCUGCAUUCACUAUAUCUGGUCUCCCCGGACCCUGCAUUCACUAUAUCUGGUCUCCCCGGACCCUGCAUUCACUAUAUCUGGUCUCCCCGGACCCUGCAUUCACUCUAUCUGGUCUCCCACAGACCCUGCAUUCACUAUAUCUGGUCUCCCCGGACCCUGCAUUCACUAUAUCCGGUCUCCCCGGACCCUGCAUUCACUAUAUCUGGUCUCCCCGGACCCUGCAUUCACUAUAUCCGGUCUACCCGGACCCUGCAUUCACUAUAUCCGGUCUCCCCGGACCCUGCAUUCACUAUAUCCGGUCUCCCCGGACCCUGCAUUCACUAUAUCUAGUCUCCCCGGACCCUGCAUUCAUUAUAUCUGGUCUCCCAGGACCCUGCAUUCACUAUAUCUGGUCUCCCCGGACCCUGCAUUCACUAUAUCUGGUCUCCCCGGACCCUGCAUUCACUAUAUCUGGUCUCCCCGGACCCUGCAUUCACUAUAUCUGGGUCUCCCACAGUACACACUACAUAGAAAUGUGAUUAUUGUAGUAAAUAUAAACUGCUAAAUACCUCUUCUCAUCAUCUCAUCAUAAUAAUAAAUCUGCUUUCUCAAGUUAGUUGUUUAU